AUGUUUCGAGAACUUUGUCAUGAUAAUGAUGAAGAUUUUGAAAGAUUACUUUUGCAUACUGCAGUAAGGUGGCUUUCCAAAGGAAAGUGUUUGUAUCGUUUUUUUGCAUUAUUUGACUCUAUCAUUGAAUUUCUCGAUAAAAUUGAUCCUGUCUUAAAAGAAAAUUUGAAGCAACGAAAAAUUGAGAUUGGGUACCUCACAGAUAUUUUUGAAAAAAURAAUGAAGUCAAUUUGAAGCUUCAAGGGAAUAGGAUGAACUGUAUUAAAGCCAAAGGAAUAAUUUCCUCAUUCAUUUUUAAAUUAGAUCUKUACAGAACAAACAUAAAUCGUCAAGAAAUGAUUCAGUUUCCGAAUCUCAAGUCAUGUUCAGACGCAAAUGGUUUAAUUCCAGAAGACAAAAUUCUAAUUUUCACUGAUCAUAUUUUGCAGCUCAAAAAAGACAUGAAAUCAAGAUUUCAAGACCUACUUGAGUUACAAAUCUGUAAUUGGAUUUUAGAUCCAUUUUCUUUUGAAUCUGUGGAAGAUCUCGAACCUCAUUUACAAAUGGAAUUUAUCGAUCUUAAACACGACUGUGAGGCACAACUUGUUUUUAAGCAGRUCGGUUACGAGCUUGCCUGGAUCAAGCUUAAAGACACUUAUCCACAACUAUGGCAACAAGUUAAAUUGUUGCUUCUCUCUUUCCCGUCAACGUAUCUAGUUGAAAAAGGAUUCAGCGUUGUUGUUCAGCUUUUGACGAAACAAAGAAAUCGGUUGGACAUUUGCAACAAAGGUGAUCUACGUUUAGCUUUGACCAAUAUCAAACCAGACAUCGUUAAAUUAGCAGCUACUCAUCAGGCUCAGGGCAGUCAUUGA